UGAUGCCCUUACUGACUCAACCGUGUGCCAUCUGCUGUUUCAGUGCUGUAGUGUCAGUACUGGUUACACCGUGGUUAUUGCCGUCUUGUUUAAUUCUGAGUUGUUCGUUGGAUAGUAAGGAAUAAAGAGUCGUGGUCGGAGGAAUUCUCAACAUAGUAGAAGUAUGGUAUUCCUACAAUACGUAUUUAGCCUACUUACUGUCAAGUCAGUGAUAGUUGGGUUGAUAGCUCUCUUCAUAGCUACAUGGUUUUACCGACGGCCGAGGAACCUUCCUCCCGGCCCGACUGGAUGGCCCCUUCUUGGCUACCUCCCAAAUCUCAUCUCGGCCGGGGACGAGUACAAGAGCUUAACCCGACUGGCCAAGACCUACGGACCGGUGUUUAGUAUGAAUCUAGGCGGUACAUCGGUGGUGGUCGUCAACAGCUUCGCUUCCAUCAAGGAGGCUCUGAGUCACCCCAACACCGCAGCCCGUCCACCGACAAGCUUCUACAGGAAAAUCACACACGAUCCAGACGCUCUAGGUGUAGCUUCAGCCUCGUGUGCCAGCUGGUCUCAGCAGAGGAAGUUUUCUCUGACUGUCUUGAGAGGGUUAGGUGUGGGUAAGUCUAGUUUUGAAGUCUCCGUCGGUACUGAAGCAGUAUGUCUUAUCGAAGCCAUCAAAGAGCACGGGGACCAUCCUUUCAAUCCAACCCAUCUGAUUAGCAACGCUGUUUCGAAUGUCAUCUGCUCCGUUACCCUGGGUAAAAGAUUCGACUACUCUGAUCCAAAGUUCCAGAAGCUGCUGAAGUUGCUGAACCGUAACUUUGAACUCUUAACCGGUGGUGGGGCGUAUUCGUAUCUCCCAAUUAUGAACAACUUGUCAUUUACCUCAACAUUCAAAGAAGUACAAACUAAUGUGCGUCAGAUGGUAGAGUUCCUCCAGGAAUGCAUUGAUGAGCACCGUAGAGUUUUGGACGCCGACAAUCCCAAAGAUUUCAUCGACGUUUUCCUCACAGACAUAUACGCAAAUGAGACAAAGAAUGUCCAGAGUCACAUCACUGCUGACAACAUGUUACUGACUACAUUUGAGCUCUUUGCAGCUGGAACGGAGACUACGGCAUCCACCCUCCGUUGGGCUUUAUUGUACAUGAUGGCUUACCCUGAGGUACAAGCCAGGGUUCAGAGGGAGCUCGACGAUGCAGUAGGUAGAGACCGUUUACCCAACAUGGCGGACAAACCUCAGCUGCCAUACACAGAGGCGACCAUCCUGGAGGUGCAGCGUCUGGCGUCCAUCGCGUCCCUCGCCAUUCCUCAUAUGUUCUCCAAGGAUACCAGCCUACUUGGCUACGACAUCCCAAAGGGGACAAUGGUUAUUGCUAAUCUUUGGGCUGUCAGCCGAGACCCAUCCAUCUGGUCAGAUCCAGAAAAAAUGAAUCCGGAGAGAUUUCUUGACGAAGCUGGUUCCUUGAAGCUGAGGGAGGAGCAUCUGCCUUUUAGUACAGGUCGCCGUGUGUGUCUGGGAGAGCGACUUGCCAAGAUGGAGCUGUUCAUCUUCUUCUCACAUUUCCUACAUCAGUUCACCUUCAAGAAACCUAAAGAUGUUAAACAGCUGUCAUUCGAGGCCAACAACGGUCUUACGUUGACUCCGAUGCCAUUUGAGACCUGCGCAAUUUCAAGAAAGUAAAGGCUUGCUGCCAACGGUUGAACUUAAGUUCUGAUUGCUAUAGUUCGUACGAUUCGUUAUAACUCGUUCGAAAGAAUGUAGUUCAAAAGAGAUAUAAUCAUUGAAGGCAGUGGACACUAUUGGUAAUUACUCAAAAUAAUUAUCAGCAUAAAACCUCACUUGGUAACAAGUAA